AUGGGCAUUUUCUUCAGCCGGAAGCAUGAGCGUCCGGUCGACAAGGCGUCUGUUUGGGCGGCCGAUGACGACAGUCCUUGCAGUAAGCCAGGUUGUGAACACAUUGCAGCAGCGAACCGGUCGCAGUUGGAGGAGAGCUGGUGGGAGCAUCGAUGUCGACCGGGAGACUAUCCCGACGGCCAGAAUGCCAGAUGCAUCCUCAUUCCUCCAGCAGACGCCUGCCGACGUGCGUCUGUAGUUCUGCUGUUGCUUGGUGAUGGCCAUGUUGGUGGCAAACAAGAUCUUCUCGCAGAUUGUGCUGGUCAAUUGAUACAAGAUCCCGUCAUCCGCUCGCAGUGCUAUGUCGUGAUUCCAGAUCCUACCUACGAGAGUGGACUCGUUUGUUGGCGACGCAAGCCGGAGUGGAAUGGUCCGGUGGUAUGGGAGGUUUUCACGGAGGUGUUGAGAAGACUCGGAGCCGAUCGCGUCAACUUUGCGAGGCUUUACGCGACCGGUAUUUCCAUGGGUGCCGCCGGCGUCUGGGACCUGGCCAUCCGAUACGGCGAGUUCCUGGCAGCUGUCGCUCCAAUCGCGGGGAGGUGUGCAUGGCCUGAGAACUCCUGGCCCAUGAGCUCGCCUAUGCCGCAUCCCAAGGUGAGCCAACGCCUGCUGCACCUCCCCAUGAGGGCGUACCAAACCAACACGGACAGGUAUGCCGACAAUCCGACGGAGGACAUGGAGUGGUUGGGCAAAGGCUGCACGGAACUGGCCUGUCAGCGAGACCUUCCAGGCGUUGAGAGUGGCAAGUAUUGCCACGUCAAGCAAAGGGUCUGGCAAAGCUCCUGUGGAGGUGCAGACAUGGAGCUCUGGUCUGUGCAGGGUCCGCUCUCGGACUGGCCUUCAUGCCAUUUGUCACAGCGCUUCAACGACCACCUGCUUUGGUUCCGGGUUUACCCCAAGGAGGAAUGGGGACUCGGGGCAUUUUUUCAGCGGCAUUCAACCCCCAGGGACCGGCAGUGGCAUCCGGGCUUGUCAUUCGAUCCCAGGCCUUUUGAGCCAUUUGUGGCCCCUUCUUGA